CCGCACUACACAGUAGAACUAGUACUACUACUUCUAUUCCUCUCUCUCUCCUCGACAUUUUUAUCCACCUCCAUCAUUCACAUCCUCGCUAACCACUUCGUCCUCCUUCCCUUCCUCUCUAACUCGACGCCACAUCGCCGCUUCAAUUCCAUCCUCUUCUUCCUCGCUUCUUGUGUUCCAUGGCUCUGUUGUUGGACAAUUGUGAGAGCAUUUUACUGUCUCUGGACUCGCACAAAUCGGUGCCUGCUCCUUUCCUGACCAAGACUUAUCAACUGGUGGAUGAUCCCACCACCGAUCACAUUGUGUCUUGGGGCGAAGACGACACCACCUUCGUCGUCUGGCGUCCUCCCGAGUUCGCCAGGGAUCUUCUCCCCAACUACUUCAAGCACAACAAUUUCUCCAGCUUCGUUCGCCAGCUCAACACCUAUGGUUUUAGGAAGAUCGUUCCUGACAGGUGGGAGUUCGCAAAUGAGUUUUUCAGGAAGGGAGAGAAGCAUUUACUCUGCGAGAUCCAUAGAAGAAAGACGUCUCAGUUUCACCAGCAGGGAUCCGUCAAUCAUCCUCAUCAUCACCCGCUGCCGUUGGGACUCAAUGUUCCUACUUUCUUUCCCUUCUCGACCGCCAGAAUCAGCGUCUCUCCGUCCAACGACUCCGAUGACCAACCGCCCCAUUGGUGUGACUCGCCGCCGCUGACUUCUCCGAGCGGAGGCUCCGGCAUGGUAACGCUAUCCGAGGACAACGAAAGACUGAGGCGAAGCAACAACAUGCUCAUGUCUGAGCUGGCCCACAUGAAAAAACUCUAUAACGACAUCAUAUAUUUCGUCCAGAAUCAUGUCAAGCCUGUGGCUCCCAGCAAUUCUUUCUCUUCUUCCUUGCUCCUACCGAAUACUUGUUCACCAUCACCGCCCUCUCCUAUGUUGCCUCCAUCUGCUACAAAUGUUUCCUUGGUGCAAAGGCCGAUGAACCAGCUUCUGGGGUAUUAUUCAACUUCUGCUAACCCUAAGCAAACUACCCCUCAAGUUUCCCGUAUCGUGAGACCUCCCACGACCUACACAUCAAAAAGCUCCGUCGCCAUUGUUGAAGAACCCUGCAGCAAUACCAAGCUUUUUGGCGUGUCCAUUCAGUCCAAGAAAAGGAGGCACCCUGACUCUGAUUCUCUUACUCCUACCAACUCUGAAAUGAACAAGGCUCGAUUGGUCUUGGAACAAGAUGACCUGGCCUUGAAUCUCAUGCCGCCUUCCGCAUGUUAGAAUUCCCAGCUAUACCACUUUUUGUUUUUUUUAAUUAACUUCUUCCUCUCAUUUGUUUGUUUUUUAUUUUCCUUUUUCAUUUUCUCUUCUUCCUUCUUGAUCCCAAGUCUUAGUGAAGGAGCGAGAAUGAUAUUGAUGGAAACUUUAGUGAGCGCCUGCGCGCUACUCAACGCUGUUUGUGAUUCAGUGUAUAUAUAGCACCAAAUAUUAUCUUUGUUCCCCACAUAUCAUCGAUUGAUGCAGCUAGCUAGGUUUUGGGUAGAGUGAAGACAAAAUUAAAUGCGAAAUUUUAAACGUUCAUCUUCUCUUUC